UCUGGGGCUGAGCCUGUUGCCAGGAUGCGAGUGCCGGCUGGGGUGGGGACAGGAGCCCCCGUGCUGCCAUGGUUGCUCCUGCUGCUGGUGAUGUCUCACUUGGCCCACACAGCCAUCCUGGAGGUGAAUGGAAACCUGAACUGCAGGUGUGUAAAGACAACUUCGGACUACAUCAGUACAAAGAAAUACGAAAGCAUUGAGAUCAGACCUGUGGGAAGCACCUGCAGACGUACAGAGAUCAUAAUUAAAUUAAAAGCCUCAGGGAAGGUGUGCGUGAACCCUGACGCCCCUUGGGUAAAGAAACUGCUGAAGCGUAUUGCUAGCACGAAGAAAAAAUAAGUUUCCUGCUGAGGAAGUUGGCGCGCAGAGCCCUGCGCCGGGCUGGCAGAUGAUGCACAGACGUGCAAACCUGGCCGCUCCUCACUUCACCCUCGCUUUCCCCUUGUCCCAAAAGCCCCUUGUUCCAGCCCCAGCGUGGCCGCUGCUGUCCCCAGCCCCACAGCAGGGUUGGGGAGUGGGGCGGUGUUUUCCCCAUGUAUUUUGUCUCUGGAUCAGUGUGAAUAUGAACCCUUCGUUUAUUGACUUGCCCGUGGACUGUGAAGCCUUUCUUUGCCAGGGGCUGCUCCCGGCUCUGUCAGAAGGACUUUGUGACUCUCUCCGUGCAAAGCACUCGUGUGAGACUGGGUUUCUGUUACACAGCGUGGUGUGUCCUGU